AUGGUGAUUAUGACUGCUCGACCGUUGGUCACGGUUUACAACGAGAAGAAUGAGCCAACAGACGAGCAAAUAAAGCUACCUGGAGUUUUUAGAGCACCUAUUCGUCCAGAUGUGGUCAGUUUCGUACAUGACCAGGUUCGAAAAAAUAAACGACAGCCGUACGCUGUUUCAACUAAAGCUGGUCACCAAACAUCUGCUGAAUCGUGGGGUACUGGACGUGCAGUAGCACGUAUUCCACGUGUUCGAGGAGGAGGUACCCAUCGUUGUGGUCAAGGAGCAUUUGGAAACAUGUGUCGUGGUGGACAUAUGUUUGCUCCUACUAAGGUGUUUCGUCGUUGGCACCGUAGAGUAAACGUGGCUCAAAAGCGUUUUGCAAUUGUAUCAGCUAUAGCUGCGUCAGGUGUGCCUGCUUUAGUUCAAGCCCGGGGGCACAUAAUCGAUCUUAUCCCAGAAGUCCCUUUUGUAAUUACUGAUAAUAUUGAAGCUUUCCAAAAAACUAAAGAGGCUGUUACGUUCUUACGCAGGUCACACGUUUAUGCCGAUGUUGAAAAGGUCUACAAUUCAAAACGGUAUCGUGCGGGGAAAGGAAAAAGACGCAACCGUCGCUAUAAGUCUAAGUUAGGGCCAGUUGUAGUGUACAAUCAAGACAAUGGGAUCGUGAAAGCGUUCAGAAAUGUGCCUGGAGUAGAUAUUCUCUGUGUGGACCGUUUGAAUUUACUCAAGAUAGCGCCAGGUGGACAUCUUGGUCGCUUAAUAAUUUGGACUGCAUCAGCUUUCCGUAAACUAGAUCCUAUCUAUGGAACCGAGACUAAAAAAUCGAAAGUCAAGGCGGGCUUUAGUAUCCCAAGAGCAAAGAUGACGAAUGCAGAUUUCUCACGGUUGAUCCGGUCUGAGGAGAUAAUUAAAGCUGUGCGUCCUCGCAAGAAGCCCAAGAAGGCUGUAAGGGUUCGUAGAAACCCAUUGAAACAUAGUAAGCUGAUGGGUCGGUUGAAUCCAUACGCAGCGGUUCUCAAACGAGCAGCAAUACUUGCUCAGCGCAAAGCGCAGAAGAUGCUUACAAAGGAUGAGGAAAGAAUUGAGGUUUGUUGA